AUGACUUCGAGCAGUAUUUCCCUCUACCAGCAGCAGGCGGUCAAGCUGCUUUCGCGGAAGAGCGUCGUGCUCGGCAUCCCCCUCGCCGCCGGUUCCAUAAUCCUGUUCCUGCAAUGGCGGAAGCGGAAAUCGCUGAAGCCGAAGCCGAAGCCCAAGUCGAGGCAGCCGGAAUCCGAGAAGAAGGGAGAGAAGACGGACGAGCUGUGGACGCAGCGCUCCAAUGGCAAGGCCACACCCAGUGCCGUCGAGGAGAAGAAGACCACAUCUGAGACGCCAUCUGCGUCGGCGCAAAACGGCUCCGCGCCCGCGCCCGCGCCUGCACCUGCACCUGCACCAUCUGCAGUAACACCAGCGCCCACCAGUAGCGAAUCGUAUGCCGCCGUCGCAGCAGCCCCGCCAUCUGCAGCAACGCCAUCACCGGUGCCGCAAUACUCCCCCAUUCGCUCCAAGCACUCGCAGGACGAUGGCGACGACCAACGCGUGACAGGCUUUGCGUACGCCAAGAGACCUAGGCUCGGCCGCGGCCGGUCGGUUGAGAAGUUUGCGUCGUACGAGCCGCUGCGGAAAGCGUCGGCGGAGCAGAGGGAACAAGAGGAGAAGCUGAGGAUCAAGGAGGAGGACGAUAAGGCUGCCGCUGCCGCCGUCGCUGCGUUUAGCCCGCCCGCUUCUGUUGCCGCCGCUGCUGUUCCUGAGCCUGAGCCUGAGUUUGAGCCCGUGCCUGCGCCUGCUGUGCCUGCUGUCGCUGCUGUGGUGCCGGAGGAUGAGGAUGUGCCGCCUGAAGCACCCCUUCCCGCCGCUCCCGUGGCUGCAUCCGACGCGGCGCCGCAGGAAUCCGUCGCUCCCGAGGAGACACCCGCUGAGAUCAAGGUGAACGGCUGGCAUCACGAGGAUGAGGAGUGGCAGCCCGAGCCCGUCCGCGACAUGCGCCGGUCCUCCAUCAUCGCCACGUUCGAGAUCACCACGUCGAGCGAGCCUGCAAAUCUGUCGCCGCCCGGCACCGCCGCGUUCGACGCGUCGCGCCGUCCGUCUGUCGUGACCACUAUCAGCGCCGAGCCGCCCAUCAACGAGGAAGAUGAAGACGACAGCAUGGUGUGGGAGGACGAGGCCGAGGCCGACGCUGACGAAACGCCUGCUUUCGCAGGUCGCCGCGAGUCCGUCACCGUUGAGACCGCCAUCGAGAUCGCCGAAGCUUGGUCGAACGGCAUGAAUGGCACCAUCCAGGAAGAAGAAGAGAACGCGCCUGCGCAUGGAGUUUCAACCACCAUCUCCGGCCCCAUCCCAGUGACUUCUUCUUCUUGGCAAGACGACGAGUAUGAUGAGGAAUUGGCGCCCGAGGAUCCCGUCCCCGAGCCUGCUGCUUCCACGGCGUUGGCGAAGGCAAUGGAGAACGGUGUGCAGGGUGACGAGCAGGCCAAGCGUACUGAUAGCCCGUUGGCGAGCAAGCCGGUUGUUGUGGCUGCUGCGGCGGGCGUCCCGGCACCACAGUCCGCGGUCGUCGAGGAGAUCAGGGAUGUCGUGGACAGGUCGCCGCUGGCGCACUUGCCGGGGAUGGGUAUUCCGAACCGCGCAUGA